CCCUCGCCCAGGGCUUGUGGUCGUCGCUCCUGGGUCCUGCUCCUGUCCGUAUCCAUCCGCCCGUCCCUCUGUCCAUUCGCCAUGCUGGUUUCCAGAACCCUUCUCGCCGGAGCUGGUCUCCUCCUCGCCUCGUCCUCCGUCUCGGCCAGCGCCUCCAGCGCCGGCGUCAGCAACCGAGUGAUCGGCUACCAUGAGUCGUGGUACUACUACGACUCGCCUGGCAACAAGCCCUUCGAUUUCACCCCGACCAUCGUCUCCAAGUACACCCACAUCAACUACGCCUUCGCCACCAUCCACUACCACCCUCCCACUGACCAGUACUACAUCGGCUUCACCGACUCCAACGCCGACUAUCUUGACUGCGUUGGCACCAGCUGCCCCAGCGAGUGUAUCCCCGUUCCCCAGAACCAGCUCUGCACCCCCGCCGGCAAGAAGACCGCCUCCAAGGUCGCCAUGGUCCCCUACAUCGGUGCCUCUGGUGCCUGCCCCGACACCACCUGCUUCAACCCCUCGUCGGCCCCCGGCUCGCCCCGCACUCCCCCGUGCGAGGCCGUCCUGGACUCCAACAUCCAGAAGAGCGGCAGCACCCCGGUCCUCUGCGGCAACUAUGCCUAUCUCAUGAGCAAGGUCAAGAAGUCGGCCCCCAACCUCCGCUACCUCAUCUCGGUCGGCGGCUGGUACGACUCGAACCUGUUCUCGGCCGCCACCGAGGACAAGUACAUCGACAAGCUCGUCACCAGCAUCGUCAAGUUUGUCCAGUUCUUUGGCUUUGACGGUGUUGACUUUGACUGGGAGUACCCCGGGUGGGAGCACGGCGGCGAGCCCGUCAGCCCCAAUGCCCCCUCGGGCACCGGCAACUCGGAGAACACCUACGACUGCUCCGUCACCAAGUGCGCUUACCCUCAGCGCACCAACGACACUGCAAAGUACUCCAACCUGAUGGCCAAGAACCCCCACGGCGAGAACUACCUCAUCUCGAUCGCCGCCCCCGCCGGUCUCGACAAGAUCAACAAGAUCGACACCAAGGCCGUCUGCAACUCGGUCGACUAUGUCAACAUCAUGACCUACGACAUCCACGGCGAGUGGGAAUCCACCACGAACCACCAGGCCGGUAUCUACGACGAUACUCCCAACCCCACCGCUCCCGAGACCUCGGUCGACGUUGCCGUCACUCAGUGGCUCCAGGGCUGCCCCUCCAGCAAGGUCGUCAUUGGCAUUCCCUUCUACGGCCACGCCUGGUCCCAGGUCAAGGACGGUGGCUCGCACGGUCUCUUCCAGGCCGGCUCUCCCCCCACCAACGCCGACGCCUACAACUACCACCAGAUCAUCACCGACAAGACCCUGACCACCUACUGGGACGACAAGGCCCAGGCCAGCUAUGCUUAUAGCGCCUCCGAGUCGCUCUUUGUCUCCUUCGACGACCCCCAGGCCAUCUCGGCCAAGGUCCGCUACGCCCAAUCCAAGAACCUCGGCGGCUUCAUGGUCUGGCCCAUCGAUGGUGAUGACGCCAACGACACCCUCCUCACCGCCCUGACCUCCAACCCUGGCCCUGUCCCUCCCCCUCCUCCUCCGGCCACCUCCACCGCUGCCAGCAGCAAGACCACCACCACUGUCGUCAAGACCAGCACCGUUGUUCCUCCUCCUCCUCCCACCACCAAGAGCACCAAGACCAAGACCACCAAGACCACCACCAAGAAGACCAAGACCACCACCAAGAAGGGCAAGACCACUACCAAGAAGGGCAAGAAGACCAAGACUAACUAG